AGUCGUAACGAUAGGCGAUUUUUCUAUUGCUUCUAAAUAAUCAAAGGGUGAUUUUACAAUGAAACUUAAAAUCCAACAGGUCUAUUAAUUUUAACCACAAUGAUAAUAUUAUUUCGUAUACUAAUAACGGCUGGACUGGAAUCACUUUUUAAUCAAAAUAGUGUCAAAGGUCACCCAAUAGAAGACCCAUGAGUUUGUGACGUUUAUUUAUAUCCCGCCAUAUUUUUUCCGCGGUAGGCCUAGGUCUUGGCUAGGAUAUUGCUUACUGGGCCUAUUAUUGUCUAGCUAGUACUACCAUUGCCCAGGUGUCAAAAUACCAGUGAACGGUAGAUUUAGAUCUAGUUGAUUGGAGAGUAAAGGUGCGCCGAAAACUGCACUUUGUGCUUCUCUUGUUCUCUUUACCUUUUAAAGAGAGAGAGAGAGAGCGGUUUGAAGCCAUGAGCAUCAAAGUUGACAAAGAUGCCUUCUUCAGGCGAAUGAAGAAAGUUUAUUCCGCAUGGGCGAAAGCGACUGGAGAUGAAGGGUUGGGCAAAAUGGACGCGCUUGUCACGGCUGUGGGUGUGGAUGAAGACAUCAUCUACUCAAAGAGCACAGCGUUGCAGACAUGGCUGUUUGGUUAUGAGCUUACAGAUACAAUCAUGGUGUUUUGUGAACAAGUCAUCUGUGUCCUGGCCAGCAAGAAAAAGAUUGAGUUCUUGAAACAGUUGGACAGCUCGAAGGAAAAUGAUCAGGGAAUUCCCAGCCUAAAGCUUAUCACACGCGAUAAGGGAGACAAGGAAAAGGACAAGGCAAACUUCCAGAAGAUGAUUGAGUACAUAAAGAAAAGUAAAAAGGGCAAAACAGUGGGAGAAUUUAACAAAGACAAGUAUCCUGGAGAGCUUAUGGAGGCCUGGAGAAACGCACUGAAAGGUGCUGGCUUUGAGAAGGUGGAUGUUUCUGGCCAGUUUGCUUACAUCAUGGCGCCGAAAGAAGAGUCGGAAGUGAAGACAAUCCAGAAAGCAAGUCAAGUGACCUGUGACGUCUUCAACAAUUACCUCAAGGAACAGAUUAUGGAAAUCAUUGAUGCUGACAAAAAAGUGAAGCACUCCAAAUUGUCAGACGGUGUGGAGCAGGCUCUGCAGAACAAAAAAUACGUCUCUGGAGUGGACACCGGUCAGCUGGACGUCUGUUACCCAGCCAUCAUCCAGAGUGGCGGGAAGUACAGCCUUAAGUUCAGUACGACCAGCGACGACAGCAACGUCCAGUUUGACGCCAUCGUCUGCACAAUGGGAGUCCGCUACAAGUCUUACUGCUCCAACAUUGUCCGCACGCUGUUGGUGAAUCCAGAGGAGCCUCUCCAGAAAACGUAUGAGUUCUUGGUGCAAGUGGAAGAGGAGAUCAUCUCCAAACUGCAGCAUGGAGUGAAACUGAGCGAGGUUUAUGAAGCCGGGGUAGCAUUUGUCAAGAACGAGCACCCAGAGCUGGAGGCCAAGAUGGUGAAGAGUUUUGGCUUUGCCACCGGCAUUGAGUUCCGAGAGGCUUCACUGCUCGUUGCUCCUAAGACAAAAGCUCCUGCAAAGAAAGGUAUGGUCUUCAACAUUAGUGUUGGUUUCUCGGACCUGGCGGCAAAGGAAGGUAAAAAGGCAGCUCUGUUUCUCGGGGAUACAGUCAUGGUGAAUGAGGGUGCCCCAGCCACAGUUCUCACCAGCAUCAAAAAGAGGCUGAAACACGUUGGUAUUUUCCUCAAAGAUGAUGAUGAGGAAGAGGAGGAGGAAGAGAAUGAUCUUGAGAAAGAAGCAGAAGAGUUGCUUGGACGAGGUCGGAGGACAGCCAUGGUUGAAAGUAGGACAAGGACUGAGGCACCAGGUGAAGAGAAAAGACAGCAGCAUCAAAAAGAACUUGCUCAGAGGCUCAAUGAGGAGGCGAGAGAGAGACUGAGGGGGUUGACUUCCGGAGGAGAGGACAAGAAGGCGCGGAAGUCAAAUGUGUCCUACAAAAGUUCAAAUCAUUUCCCGGAUGAGGCAGAAUGCAGGGACCUCAAGCUGUUUGUAGAUAAAAAGUAUGAAACCAUUGUCCUUCCCAUUUUUGGUUCUGCUACGCCAUUUCACAUCUCCACCAUCAAGAACAUCAGUCAGUCUAUCGAAGGAGAAUACACAUACCUGAGAAUCAACUUCUUUCAUCCGGGAUCAACUCUGGCCCGCACAGAAGGAAGUUCUUUCCCCAACCCUGAUAUGACAUUCUUAAAGGAGAUCACAUACCGCAGCUCCAACACAAAAGAGCCAGGAGAGAUUUCAGCUCCAUCGUCCAACUUGAACACAGCCUUUAGAUUGAUCAAGGAAGUACAAAAGAGGUUCCGCACAAGAGAAGCAGAAGAGAGGGAGAAAGAGGGCAUUGUGAAGCAAGACACUCUGAUCAUCAACCCAAACAGGGGAAACCCAAAGCUCAAAGACCUGUACAUCAGGCCCAACAUUGUCUCCAAGAGAAUCUCGGGAACGUUGGAGGCCCACACAAACGGUUUCCGCUUCACGUCAGUGCGGGGGGACAAGGUGGACAUCCUGUACAACAACAUCAAACACGCUUUUUUCCAGCCCUGCGACGGCGAGAUGAUCAUUUUAUUGCACUUCAACCUGAAGAAUGCCAUCCUGUUUGGCAAGAAGAAGCACAUUGAUGUCCAGUUCUACACGGAAGUUGGUGAGAUCACGACAGAUUUGGGCAAACAUCAGCACAUGCAUGACAGAGAUGAUCUUCAUGCUGAGCAAGCGGAACGAGAACUGAGACAGAAGCUGAAAUCUGCCUUCAAAAGUUUCUGUGAGAAGGUGGAGGGGAUCACCAAACAAGAAGUGGAGUUCGAUUCUCCAUUCAGGGAGCUCGGUUUCCACGGCGCUCCGUUCAGAAGCACUGUUUUGCUACAACCAACGAGUGGAUGUCUCGUCAAUUUGACGGAGUGGCCUCCCUUUGUGGUGUCCCUGGAAGACAUCGAGUUGGUCCACUUUGAGCGUGUGUCCUUCCAGUUGAAGAAUUUUGACAUCGUCUUUAUCUUCAAGGACUACAGCAAGAAGACAGCCAUGAUCAAUUCAGUCGCAAUGAACAUGUUAGACCAUGUUAAAGAAUGGUUGAAUUCUUGUGACAUCCGCUACACUGAGGGCGUUCAGACGCUGAACUGGACCAAGAUCAUGAAGACCAUCACAGAUGACCCCGAAGGGUUCUUUGACAACGGAGGCUGGUCAUUCCUUGGUCCGGAGAGUGAGGCCGAAGAAGAAAACGAUGAGAGCGAAGAGGGUGAUGAAAAUUUCCAACCCUCGGAGGGCGGCACAGAUCUUGAAGAAAGUAGCGAAGACGACAGUGAGGAAAGCAACUGGGAGGAAGAGGAUGAUGAAGAAUCAGGGUCGGAAGAAUUGGGAUCAAGCGAGGAGAGUGGUAAAGACUGGGAUGAGCUGGAAGAGGAAGCUCGCAGAGCGGACAAAGAGAAAGACGAGGAAAUCCCCGAGCACACGAGCUCCCACAAACACCGGCCGCACCACAAGAGCAGCAGCAGCAGUAGCAAGCACGGACACAAGCGAGGCCGCGACAGCAGCAGUGGGAAGAGCCACUCCCCACAGAAGAAGAAGUCGCGGCGAUGAACGCUCAGUCGCUUGUUCCGUGUUGUUGAUCAAAAUGUUUUUCUAUUUUUGUUCCUAUUCGCAUCACAUUGUGUUUGUAGGAGACAAAUACAAACUUGAAAAAGACUGAACAGCUCUGUGGGUUAUUUUUUACUUCCUUCAAGUAAGAAGG